AUGAGAAGCAUUGUUAGUUAUGUAGAUAACAAAAACAUAAAACAGCACGCUUCAAAUUGGAAGUUGAGUACCUUACAUAUAAGCAAAGAGCAUAGACAACUUAUCUCUGCUUUACAACGGUACUACCGCAGAACAUAUUCCAGUUUUCACGAGCUUGUCAACACAAGUAAUGGUGUAGUCAAUGGCGCUGUCGGACCUGAUCAUAUCAACGAGCCCAGAAGAGCCAAUAACUAUGUUUUGUUUGCUGCAUCCCACCUAAACCACUACAACAAUUUAACGAGUCUACUUUAUGUCGGUUCCAACACCUUCUUUUUUGAGACGACAUUUGAUGACGUGAAUGAUUUUCUUGUCUUAAUUGAUGUGGCUGACUUACAUGGCGUGGUAAAUUACGACAGGCUCAUGCCAAAGGUGGUCUUACGUCGCCCUGGUCAACAUAAAGAUGUUGUGUGUCGCUUCAAAGAUAUCGUUUGUAACGUAGGCCUUGUCCGAUACAUCAUGGUUGAAAAUUAUUACACAGUCAUAUAG